ACGUGCUGUGCUGCCAAGCGUGAGUUAAUAUUCGCGGUACCAUGUUCCCCUUCGCCGGCCCAACCGACGCAGGGAUAGGUCUGUUCAACGCGUGCUCAUGCAGCUCAGGCGGGUUGCGGCAAAGUGUGCUGCCGAGGAUGGUCGUGCUGAGCCUCGGAGUGGCCGUCCUUCUGUGCUGUUCUACAGCCAUCUCAGACCACAUGGUGGACGUGCCGUUAGGCGCUAUUUUCGAAGACGAAAAGACCCUUCAAGAGGAGGAGGCUUUUCGUUACGCCGUGGAUCAGAUCAACGCAGACCGGACUAUCCUCCCGAAGGCUCGGCUAGUCCCCCGUCUGGUUCACUUGGACAAGGGGGAUCCGCUUUUGGCAAUCAGGAAAGGUUGCAAUUUGAUGGCAGAUGGGAUUGCCGCCAUAGUGAGUUCUACCUCCUGCCCCACCAACAUCGCCCUGCAGUCGGUGUGCAACGCCAUGCACGUGCCGCUCGUCUUCGUAGCACGUGACAACUGCCAGGUCACAGCGGGCAGGAAAUACACACUGAGCAUGCGCCCGGAAGCCUCAGGAAUCGACAGGGCUUUAGCUGACGUCAUCAUUCAACAAAGGUGGAGGAGCAUGGUCGUGUUCUAUGACGACUAUUAUGCGUUCAGUAGAAUCCAGAAUGUCCUGGCGCUGACCCGAGGAAACUUCCUGGAAGUGAUCGUGCUGAAGCUGCCGUCCCUCUCCAACGGGAGCCAGGUCAUCGUGGGUCUGCCGAGCGGACAGAAGGAGAUCUCCGACUACGGGGAGAAGCUGAAGAGGGUGGUGGUCCUGUGCACGGUUGAGAACACUAUCCGGCUGGUCAAGCAGGCGAAUCAGAUGAACCUGUUCACACCGGAACAUCACUGGGUGAUAGCAAAUCAGGAAGUUAGCGACAAGCAGCUUCAGGCAAUCAACGCCUCCCGCGGAGUCCUGACUGUGGUUCGUAAACUGAUCUCAUUUAGCGAAUACACCGACAAGUUUAUGGCAUAUUGGAGAUCGCUUCCAGCGAACGUCACUAACGGGGCAACCACAAGUCCUUACGACGUCAAGAUGACAGCUGCGUACAUGUACGACGCUGUGUUACACAUAUCUCGGGCUGUCUACGCUCUCUUCCUGGACAGACAAUGGAUCGGCCCCAACAAGCUCAGAUGCUCGAUCGAUGUGUCGGUGCCGUGGCCUGGAGGUCCCCCACUGAUGGAGACUCUGAGGAAGGUCAGGACGCCGGGGGUGCUGGGCAAGUCAGGGUUCGAUGACACGGGCUACAACAUCAACUCCCAGAUGCAGGUCCUCAGGCUGGAGAAAGUGGUCAAUAAAACAAGAGUGCAAGUGGCUGGUAUGUGGGACCCCGUGACCCGACUGAACACCACCGCCCGGACCUUACCUGGUGCCAACCCGCGGAUAGACAUACGGAACAAAACAUUCAGGGUGGUGACACUGGAGGAGGAGCCGUUUGUGUUCAAGAGAAUCACUCCUAUCGGCGUGAAGUGGGAGGGUUUCGCCAUGGACAUGCUGACGGAGCUGUCCAAGCUCCUCGGGUUUAAGUACAAGGUGUAUGAAGUACAGGACAAGAAGUACGGCAGCCCUCAGGAGGACGGCACGUGGAGCGGCAUGAUCGGUGACGUCAUGCAGGGGGACGCGGAUUUUGCCCUGAGCGCCAUCACCAUCACCCCUCAGCGGGAGAGAGUGGUAGACUUCACCAAGAGAUACAUGGACUUUGCGGUGGGCAUUCUGCUGAGAAAACCUGUCAAGAAAACAGACCUCUUCGUCUUCCUGGACCCCUUCCACGUGAACGUGUGGCUGUGCACCAUCGCGGCGUUCAUCCUGGUCAGCGCGGUCUUGUUUCUGCUGCACAGAAUCGGCACCAGGAAGACGAGCGACGACCCGAGCGACGGGCCCGACUUUAACCUGAGGAACACCAUGUGGUUCGUGUACGGGUCCUUCGUGCAGCAAGGUGGAGACCUGACGAUCGGACGCAUGCCCACUCGGAUCCUGACCGGUGUAUGGUGGCUCUUCACCCUCAUUAUCAUAUCAUCCUACACGGCCAACCUGGCAGCUUUCCUUACCGUGACCCGGAUGGACUCGCCCAUCCGAUCCUUCGAUGACCUCGCCUCACAGACUGAAAUACCGUACGGGACGGUUACAGACACCAGCAUCGCCCAGUUUCUGGCUUCCUCCGAUGUUGAGACGUACCAGCGCCUUUGGUCCUUCAUGAAGAGUGAGAACAACUCUGCGGCGCUCGUCAGGACGGCGCAGGAAGGGUUCCAGCGGGUCAGGAAAGGGAAGUACGCCUUCCUGUGGGACGUCCCCGUGAUCGAGUACGAGGCUCUCACCGACAAGAACUGCGAGCUGACCACCGUCGGCAAAUCCAUCUACAGUAAAGGAUACGGCAUCGCCUUCCCCAGCGCCGACCCCUACAGAGACGAGUUCACAUUAGCUAUUCUCCAGCUCCAAGACUCGGGCACGUUGGACAAGCUCAGACACAAGUGGUGGCCCAAGAACGGCAAGUGUAAGCUGGACCAAGAUGGUGCCUCCAGCUCCAGCUCCGCGCUAGACCUGGACAACUUCGCGGGUGUUUUCUGCGUGCUCGCCAUCGGAGUGGUCCUGGCCUGCGCCGUGGCGCUGCUGGAGGUCCUGUGGCACAUGUACCGCAGACGCCGGGAGAAGCGAAACUUUCCAGCCAAGGAGAACGGAGAGCUGACCUGUAAGGGAGGGUGUCAGAGCCCGUCCAACGUCACUGUCAGGAAAGACGACAACGGCGAGAUCCACAUCAUCGUGUCCCCCACCAUCACUCAAGUACAAGUUCAACCGAACUUGUUGAUUCCCGCCCAAACACCUGCCAAACCGUCCACAUGGGAGCCUACCAAGAGGAACAAAGAGGAAUAUGUACCUAUGAAGAAGGUUGAGUUUGCAUUGCCGCCUGAAGGGUGCAGUAAACAACAAGAGUACGUCAGAAAUGUGGACGAUUUUACGACGCGUCUGUAAGCAUGGAUGCCUGGUAUCAAACAUUUGGAGUGCGCAGGACGCGGUGUGCAGUCUCCGCGCGCAGGACUGGUGGACAGGACACACACACAGGGUGGUGUGCCGGAUUAUCGUACGAUUCUGUGCCAUAGGAGAUUAAAUGCAGGAAAUCUGACUGUCAAAAUAUAUGCAUCGCUGUUGUGGCAUCAUCCACAGAAUGCCGAAAAUCAGUACGUACGUACGUACUGUAAGUACGCGUUAAGGUCUUCGAUGACUGUAGACCACCGUCGUCUCACGUUGACAUGCAUGUUCCUUAAGCUGCCGGCGCUGGACAUGAGUACAGUACCUGUCGAAGAAACAGUUUUACCGAGUGACCAAGACGCUGACUCGGACGGUGACUCAAUGUCAGCAUGGCAGUACCUGGGCUGUACCUACUUGUGAUGAGUUAGCUUUCGUUGCAGACCCCAUCGAACUUUUUUUCUUUAACUACAUGUACAUGUCAGAUUAUAGAUUGCGGUCAGGUAGAAUCGCUUAAUCUACAGGUAGAAAUCCCAAUAGGAGUCUGUCGACGGAAAAAUGCACCGGUGCCCGUCAGGAAUGUUGCCCCGGCCGGGCUCCGAAGCCACAAUUUGCCGGAUACCAGGGGUACCCCUCGGUAUUGCCCACGGCGUUUAUUUGUUGAUAGUUCUCGGUAUCAUUUUGAGUCCGACGUAAAUUCAACCCGCUGCCCGACCCGGCCCAAAAAUACCCCGGAAGCCCCAAGUUGAUCCACGGGGCCACGUACGGGUCACACCCGAAAGUGCCAAAAAACAGCCCGUGAACUGCCCGACAGGGCCCCUUUUCCAACUGGGACCUACGCCUAUCAAUUUCAAGUCGAUCCAUUGAUCUUAAAAUCCUUAAGUAGCAUGGAUCGACGUUAAAAAGGCUGUCGACACAUAUCUGCCGGCAGAAUUGGCGAUUCUGCCAAAUUGCAACUUCUACCUUGAUCCGGACCUUUAUAUCAUGCCCCGGUAAUAUACCGUGUUCUGAUUGUAUGAAAUACAGUAACUAGAUUUUGAUUUUUCUGGCCCAGACGGCCAUCACAUCUUGGCAAGCAAACAGAACCCAGGAGCUAUAAAAAAAAAACCCUGCACGGAUCUGAAAAAAGUCUGGCGAGGUCUGCAACGAAGACUACUGCCACGUAUGGUCACAUGGCCAUAGCACGUGCACGACACCAUGGUAAUAUGUUAUGUGCCAUUUGUAUCAUAAAUAGCCACAACAUGUUAGCAGGUUUAAGAUGACAGGUGAGCAUUAUUUUUCAUACUUGUCUGUUUACAUAAUGUCAAUACAGAUGUCAGUAGGAAGAUAAAAGUACAACAUCUAAAUUGUGGUUUACAUCCACCCCGCAUUUGGUCAUUGUGUCAAAAUCAAAUCACUUUUUUUGUUGUCAUUGCUGUUUU